AUGUCGGAAGACACUGGGGGCCGACAAACCAAGAUACCGUCUUGGGAUGGGUCAGCGGAUGCUUUCCAGAGCUACUGCGAGGCUGCGCUCUUAUACGAGCAAACGACCAAGAUACAAGAUCGCUACCUGGCGGCACCGAGGUUAAUUGGAGAGCUCCAGGGAGCUGCCAAGCGACUGGUGGUGGGUCAGAGACCUGACUGGGUUAGCUUUAACGGAGGGGUGUCACAUCUACUCCAACAUCUUCGUCGUUGCCUAGGGAAGCCUCAAGUCCCAGAGCUCACGGAACUUCUCGCUCGAUAUUUCAAGACCUCCAAGCGGAAGCAUGGGGAACUCAUGGGAGAGCACAUUACUCGUAAGUGUGAGUUGUACGUUCGAGCACAGCAAGCUAUGCAUCGGAUGAAGCCACAUCAUGAUCGUGCUGAAUUCAAGAGUCCUGUGGAUUGGCCAGGAGGAUGGGGCUCUCAUUCAAGGAGAGCCAGCACCGACUCCAGAGCCAGUACUGACGGUGGGACAAAGGGAGGUGCCAGUGAGGAACCUCAAGCCGCUGCUCCUACAUCAGCAACAGCCACAGCCUCAGCUGCCUCCGAGAAUUCAGGGCCUACGGCUAGGACCAAUGAAGAUCAGGGCUACGCAUGGACAGACUGGUCUUGGUACGGAUAUGGGAAUUCCUGGAGUUGGCAAAUAUCAGCAAUCAUGGAGUUGGCAAUCUCAGCCAUGGGGAGGCCAGGGGAUGCUGGACUGGAAGCUCAUGAAAAGAACACAGUGAUUGUGGCCACCCAGGGAGAGAUGACACUACAGAGGGUGGCACAAGAGCUUCGUAAUCAGUUUGCUGACGUGGACCUCAAGAAAAGGGAUGCCUCCCGCAAGUAUCAAGGAUACGCUGGAGAACAUCUGGAAGGCAGCGACAGCGAAUGGAAUGUCCAGGAGACCUCCUUUGACGCGGAGGCGGAACUGACUGCGGAAGGAUACGCUCUCUGGAGUGAAACAGAGGGCGAGAUUCAGGGCGCCAUGGCAGCUUUGGAUCAAGCAAGAAGGACUCUUCGAGGAGCUCGAGAGCGCCAAAAGCAGGUGAAACAGAGCCGCCAGUACUUCCGGUAUGGCUCCGGGAGUAGGAGAUCUGAAGGCUCUUCGACUAAGGACGAGAAGAUCAUCUGUCUCCGGCGCGGCAAGCCGGGACAUAAGGCCGCCGCAUGUACAGCAGAGAUACCUCAGGCCUCUGCGGUGGAGAUGGCACCUUUCACCUGCUACGCUCAGGACAGCGAGCCGAUGGAAGAAGCCUGGAGCGCACAAGGGUCAGCGCAUCGCCCAAGCACUGGAGAUGCCGCGGCCGCAGGAAAGGCGGUCAUCGACUGCGGGGCUACCAAGUCUCUGGGAUCAGUGCAGGCGCUUGAGCAGCUGAUGCGAGUAAGCAAGCUUGGGGUGAGUCAGGUGGAUACUGUAGAUAGACCAGUUUUGGGGUUCGGAAACUCGUCAGAAGACCGCUGCAUAUCCACUUUGCAUUUGAACAUUCGCGCCGGUGACAGGCCCGGGGUCAAGAUUCACGCCCUGAACCGUGGAGCGGGUCCCAUAUUGUUAUCUGUGGCUACCCUUAAGGCGUUGAAUGCUACAAUCGACUUCGGGGAAGGCACCAUGGUGUUAAAGAAUGUGGACAAUCGCAAGCUGCUAACCUUAGAGGAAACCCAAACCGGGCACCUUUUACUUCCGCUAGCUCAAGACCUCCUUGCCGGAGCCCAGGGAACAAGCAUGUCGAUUCCAAGCCUCAGCUCCUACUUGGCCCAGGAGGACAAUUUUGUGCAUCAAUCAGGUUCUGUGAAAGUGCCAAGCAUGAACCAGUCCUCCCUGCCAGAAGAGUAG